AUGGUAAUGGAAGUGGGUUGGCCAAAAGGCCUCGCACUUCUCCUUUUCCUGGUGCAAUGCUUUCUGGUGUUCAAGCUGCUGAGAUGGUGUCGGAACAACGUUCGCGGCUGCGCUUGCAGUCAAUCCUGGAACUUCGCGUCCUUCCGUAAAUGGUAUCUGCACUACAUGCGACAGGAGGAGCGGGUCGUGAAGGCUAAGGUGACCCUACAAAUAGGUGUCUUCAUCAUCGGCUGCUAUGUUCUACCGUGCACGUACUCUUUGCGAAUGGUUACCUUCCAGGCACGUGCCUGCGGUGUGCUGCCAAGCUUGGACGAAACACCCUUGCCCUUUCCAACAGUGGAUGUGUUCGUGGCGCUUAUGUGGACAUCUUCUAUACUCUUAAUCUCCAACAAGCACCUCGUGACACCACAGAGCCUGGAUGUGUUCUGCUUACUGUUCUACAUUGUCACCCUGCUUGGGCUCUUGCUGACACCGGUGCAGAACUUCGAGGAGUAUCGCCAAGUCAUGUUCAGACUCAUUUUUUGCAGGGUCCUGCCUGAUGUUACUACAAAGCGUGCUUUGAUGUUCGUGGUGUUCAACGUGCUCGGCCUUGUGGUGGUGAUCGCCCGGGUGAUCCCAGUCAGGGAGCUUGGAAAGAAUCAGCUUGAUGAAGCCAUCGUCCUGGAUCUUGCACCUGUCUUUGGAGCAGUGUUGGUUCGUCAAGCGUUGUACGCGAUAGCUGAUGCUGGCGUCAAUCUCCAGACACUCACCAUCGAACGAAAUGCUAUCUCCAGCCUGCUCCUGGGACUUUGUGAUGCUGUUGUGGAGGUGGAUGAGAACCUCAAGCUGACAGAAGACGGCCGUCAGCUUUCGACGAUGCUGUUACACGGUCGUGGCGUAUCUGCCCAACAGCUUGCCGGGUCGGACCUCCUUGCAUUCUUCCAUCCCGAUGACCGAACACAUGUUCAACAAUGCUUAUGCGGCAGCCCCGAUGACACACAGACACGAGUGUUCAACGCUCGCAUGCUCGAUGGUCUAAGCAACCAUGUGGAAGUGGAGCUUUUUCACAUCAACAUGGAGAACCAGGAGGGCCAGAAGUGCUACCUUGUGGGAAUGCGAGAGUUCCAAGAUCUGGGCUUUGUCGCACCUUUGCGACAAGCACCGGAGCCAUCCAAUCCCUCGGGCAAAAGAGCCGGCGACUUCUCGUUUGUCUUCUGUGCCUCUUCCGCUCGAGUGCUCACUGCCGGGAAAGAGAUCGACAGGCUGCUGCUGAGCAACGGCUUUGACAGAGAAGAGCUGCGCGAGAUGACAGUGUUCGACCUUCUAUAUGGGCUGGAUCCUGCCUGGAAUGCCUAUUUGAAAGAGAAGGUGACCGAGAAUGGCUGCGGCAUUUUUCAACCGCAGCUUUACGAGCUCGGCCUGGUUCAUCUGCUGGGUGUGGUCCCAGUGCAGGCAAACCUGGUGCUGCGGCAGGAUGGCGAGUCUGGUGCGUUGGUAGGUCUCGUCCGCCUUAUACCGUCGCGCUCAUUUCUGGACUCAGAGACUCCAAGCAGCAAGACGAGCGGAAGCCAGUGUGGCAGCAUCAACGACCUGCACCGCACCAUCCCUCUCUAG